AUGUGUAUAAGUAUAUAUAUAAGCAUAAGUAUAAGGAAAAAUGAAAAUGGACACAGGUUCGUAUUAAAGGUCAGUGAGACGCUGGAGGAACUAAUAUUUAAAAUACCAAAGAGUGUAAUGGAGAUGACGUUCAUCAGACUGCUAGGAACUAUUAAAAGCAGCUUCGCAGAAAGCAAGGAGGCACAGGAACUGCUGUGCAUAUUCCUGGCAAGGUCGAUAGUAGAUGGACUGAUAAGCGGAUCAUUUAUAAGGAAUGUUAACAGAGUACAAAUAGGAGGGAAACUAGGAAUAGAACUCAUCUCGAGGACGAUCAAGUGGAUAAAGUAUAACAAAAACCAUCACAGAUUUAAGGUAAGGAAAGGAGAAGUAUGUAUACACAUAAACAAUUAUACAAGUACAAAUAACCAGCUAAAGCAAUACACAACUGAAACAAAUGUACACAUUAACACAAAUACAAAUACACACAUAAACACAAACAUACAUCAACAUUAA